CUGGUGCCUGCUCCAGUCAGCACAGCCUCGCCCUACUCAACUGAUGUCCCUGCCUCAGAGGCGAUGCCCCAGGGUGACAAAGCUGUGCCUGCUGGAGAUGUGCUGUCAGCAGGAGAAGGACACGAAGAUCUCUUUGAUCUGGCUUCAGUUCUGGCAUCUCUGGAGAACGGUACAGCACUGCAGUCCCUGCACCAGCCUGGAGAUGUGCUAUUUGAAGUAAUGACUGAAAUCAAGCACAAGGACUGGAUCACUCCUGGUGGCAGUGAGCUCAGAAGGGAUCUCCUGGAUUCUAUAAGAAGCCAUAUCCAGCAGAACCUGAAACUCUCUGCCAACAGAGUCAGUGAAAUAAAGUUAAAGGAAGCCAAAAGGACAAGCAAUGGCAGCCUGCUGCUCACCUUCUGGCUACACCUGAAGCCAGAGGAGAGAAAUAUGUCCCUGCUGCUGCACUCCCAGCUGGGAGAGCUGCUCAGUGCUUCAGUGGGAGCGGGAAAGCUGCAACUCAUCUCACUGCUGGUAGAAGAUGUGAAUGAGUGCAACUCGGGAGUCAGCCUGUGCGGGGAGGAGGCAGAAUGCUUCAAUGGUGUGGGCACCUACCUGUGCCGCUGCAAGAAGGGCUACGAGGAUCAUUCUCCCACCAAGUCUGGCACCCUUUGCAUCCGUACUCCCCAGUCAGGUUUUGGAGCAAUCGUGGCAGCUAGGUAAAAAGUGAGCUGGGUCCGAGGAACCAGGCUGCAGCACAGAUACAAUGAGGG